AUCAGCUGAACAACAACAGAGAGUAUGGCAACCAAUCUGUGAUCGAAUUCCUCCCUAUAUUUUACCCUUCUAAAUCAUCCCUGUAGCCGCUAAUUAGGCCCCAGAAUAUGUCAAAAAUGAGUUCAGCACACGAUAAAAAAGGUACUCGACCCUCAGAAUACACAGUAGCCGAUAAAUACCGGCUGGUACGCAAGAUAGGAAGUGGUUCUUUCGGGGACAUUUAUUUGGCUGUGACUCUUUCUCACGCCAGUCAUGGCGAGGAAGUGGCUGUGAAGUUGGAGUCUGUGAAGGCGAGGCAUCCUCAGCUUUUAUACGAAUCUAGACUGUAUAAGAUCUUACAGGGUGGUGUAGGGAUACCCAAGGUGAAAUGGUAUGGUACUGAAGGCGAGUACAAUGCUCUUGUGAUGGACUUGUUGGGGCCAAGCUUGGAGGAUCUGUUCAACUUCUGCACAAGAAAUUUCCAAAUGAAAACGGUUUUGAUGUUGGCCGAUCAGAUGAUCGGACGGAUCGAGUACAUUCACACGAAAAACUUCAUCCACAGAGACAUUAAACCUGAUAACUUCCUGAUGGGGAUCGGUCGGCAUUGUAACAAACUUUUCAUCAUAGAUUUCGGACUUGCCAAAAAAUUCCGGGACAAUCGCACAAAACAGCAUAUACCGUAUCGUGAAGAUAAAAAUCUGACUGGUACGGCACGCUAUGCUAGCAUCAACGCUCAUCUUGGUAUUGAGCAGAGUCGAAGGGAUGAUAUGGAGUCGUUGGGAUACGUGUUGAUGUAUUUCAACCGUGGAUCGCUACCGUGGCAAGGGCUUCGAGCAGCUACGAAAAAGCAAAAAUACGAGAAGAUCAGUGAGAAAAAGUUGUCUACACCUGUUGAGGUGUUGUGCCGAGGUUUCCCAGCGGAGUUCUGUAUGUACCUCAAUUACUGCAGGGGGCUAAGAUUUGAGGAAGCGCCAGAUUACAUGUAUCUCCGCCAGCUCUUCAGGAUCCUCUUCCGUACACUGAACUACCAGUACGACUACACGUUUGAUUGGACAACAAUGAAACAGAAGAGUACAGCAGCACAACCACCUUCAACGGCUGCUGGAGCUACUGCAGGGCGCUGAUCUCAAGAAUCGAGUUUAAAGGACUUAGCUCAGCUCACUGCUGCCACCUAUACAAAUUCAUGUGAAACUUGGUGUACAUUGUCUUGCUAAGACACAAAACAAAGAGUUGGCUUUAUUUUUACAUCUGUUUGCAAACUCAUACUUGAAUUCAGCAACUUUUUUAGCUCUGGCAGUUCUCUACUUCAGUUUAUAUGUAACUUUUAGAACUGCUAAUGACUCCAAACGAUUGUGGACAACUCCAUGUUCAGGUUGCCACUGCAGUUGGCAUGUCUUGUUAGUACUGACCAAGUUUAAAAAUCUUUCAGUGAACACAAUCGAAAUCAUAAGUUGGGAUCUUUUGGAUUUGAAGUAUGGAACUGCGAUUAGUCUAAACUUGGCAUAUUUAGCCAGUGGCUUAAAACAACCUUGGCUCUGUUCUUGCUAUACAGUUUGUUUUCUUGCAUGAGUAUGGCUGGAACUGUCAGUUAUGAACACCUCGAUACCAGGGUCUGAUACCUUGUCUUCGCACUACAUAGAGGACUGGUCUAAAUUUGAAGGGAUCCUGGUGUCCAGAAUGCUUGAUUAUAAGAUAAUGAUGGAAUGGAAUAAUUUGGUUAGAUGAUUGUCACAAUAUGUGGUCCCAGUAGUGAAGGUGAAGGGGAUUGAAUUGUUCCAGGUCAGUUUGGAGAAUGUCUCGUAUGUUUUACAAUACACUGUAAGUUAUUCUUUGGCACAUUUUAGGUAUUGUUGUCUUGGGUUUUAAUUGAUCUAAGUUAUUUAAUUUUAGCUUCUCACUGAUGCAGUUUGGCGCAAGCUUUUAGGUGAAAAUGAGGUCAUAAAAACUGGUGUUUCAAGAGUGACAAAGAAUUUCAAUCUACUGCCUACCUCUGUGAUGUUGCUCAGUACAGUAGGACGUAUGACUGUCCAGACUUUUCAAUGAUUGUACAGCACAAAGGUAAUAUUCAUGACGUUGUUCGACCUCUCGGCAGCUACAUCACCUUUGAUUCAUGAUAUCAGUGACGUCAUUUUCAAUUCUUACACAUGUCAUUAUUAGUGUCAUUUUGAUAUGACGUCAACAACAUCCCAGUCACAAUGACAUGCCAUGGAUUGGACAUUGUGACGUCAUCUAUUUUUAUGUUCGCAUCAUCGUAUUCUGUCUUCCUUCGUCAGGAGUUGGUCAGAUUAGUAAAUCCUUGCUGCCUGGCUGUGAGUGUGAAACACGGUCUUGAUGCUGAUUGUGACACGACAUAGCCGUAGGAAUACUUUAAUGGAUCUUACUACUCAGCAUUGUGGGGGUAGAUUUCAAAAUUAAACUGUAUUUUAGCAAAAUAGAUUGACUGCAUGAAAUGGUCACUUGUCAGGCACUUGAAGAUAAUGAGAGGGUUUCACACAUGGACAGUACAGAGUUGUUUUGGAGCAACCACUCGCAUCUUGGUCUGUCUUAGACAACACAGUAACAUAACAAUCAUUGUCACAUAUUGACAUCAGGGACAGUGUACAUUGUAUCGAAUUUAUGUAAAUGUGAAGACUGAUUUUUUGAAUGUUAUGGUUGAAGGUAUUUUAAAGUAAGAAUAUCCUUGGGCCUGAGUUGACCUACGUUAUCGGUGUGAAGGCUUUGAUACUUGGUGUCAACUCCUUGACUCUGCAUCUUGUGAACCGCAUGUUGUUGGCUACAAUACAGAGCUAGACAAGAACUCUGGUCAGAUUAGAGAGGCACAUGUAUACAACAUGGUGGCUAUUCAUAAUAACUGUUAUUGUAAUCCCGAGAAUAAGGUUUUAUAAUAUCCUGGAUUACUAAAGAUUAAGAAUGUUGAUUAUAUACUUUCUGGACAAGCUCGGUAUACUGUCAAGUGUGAUUUUGAAAGUGCUAUAUUUUAAUAAACAUUAUUCUCAUGAUCAUGAUCUAGAGAUUUUGUCAGGCCUGUUGGUCAGGAAAGGGAAGUGAUAUCAUAUUGUCUCAGCAGUGUCUCUGCCUUCUAGCGGAUCGGGUCAAAUCAGUAUGAUUAUCACAUUUAUUAACACAUUCAAAUGAUAUUCAGAUUUUCUUCCAAAGUGGUUAACAUGUUACCUAAUGAGGGAAUAUUGUGAGGGAGCAUCACUCCUUCUACCUGUACAAUUCCAGAAAGAACUCUGACUGACUGAAGUACAUGUAGUAUUCAUCGUUACCCGUUUGAGAAAUGCCCUCAACUGUCUACUAAUAGAUAUUUUAAGCUUUAUUAAUUGACUGUACAAUGUGAACAUUAGUAUCUGAACUAGAAAUCUGAAAGGUCAUGGAAGAAAAGGGCACAGACAAACAAGGCCGGGCUCAGCGCACUGCUUAAAUGCAUUGGCCACUGAUGAAAAGAGGUUGGACUACAAAUAAAGGGGAUUAUUGAAGGAAAACCGGGUGCUUAAACUCUCUAGCUGAAACACUAAAUCAUUUAGCUGUGAACUUCAAUGAGUAUGGCAGACUCUGAACUGUAUUCAAACAGUUUAGGUGUCAGCUUGUGAACAUUUGUUUUAUUUCCAAUACAUUAUAUGUAUUCAAAUUCUCUCCCAGAUGUUGUAGGUUUUGUGCAUGUAAUGUCUACCGUGUUCACAAGUUUGAUACUUAGUUGCGUAAAAAUCUCGAAAAUUAACAAAUAUGUGGGCAUAAAUUGUCUUGAAGGGUUAGCAAUAGGUACCACCGGCUAGAACCUGAAGUCCAAAAUCAAUUAGAACUCCUUCAAAAUGAAGUGAAUUCCCAUUUAAAACCUUGGAGGCUGUUCUCCGGAAAACAAAGGACUGACUCCCACACUUGAAAUUAGUAUUCACUUUGUUUUGAAAGAGUUUUAAUUACUUUAGGAUUUCAAAUUCGAGCCAAAAUGGUGGUACCUAUGGUCAGCCCUUAUAACCAGCAUAUUUGAAUUGGGCUGAGUGAAAUUGACAAGAGUUGAAAUCGUUAGGGGGCAAUGUCAUUUUUGUCUUGUUUCAAUUGCCUUCACUUUAUGAAUUCAGUGAUAAUGUCACAGACAUGACUGGACACAGGUGGUUAUUGACAAGAACAUGAUGGGCCAGUAUCAUGUUAGUAUGACAUGUUGGUCAGUUUGCCCGUGACCAUCAAAUGUUUAAAUGUGAGUCUUGAGUACACACUCUUUCAUCAUGAAUAUGGCAGCAGGUGGUCAACUAUGCAGGCUGCCAGUAUGUGGUGAUGAUGUAUUUGUAGAGAAUUUCAAUUGUCAUAAGACUUCACAGAGAAUGUAGUGUUUCCUUGAUAUACACGUAAAAUCACAUGUACUGUAUGUAUCUCAUAGCUGACGAUUUAAUCAUUAGGUAAACAGUAGCUUUUCACUUGUCCAACGUGACCUCAUCAUGUUUGAUUUUAUUUACUGAAGUCUUAUUACGCGUUUGUCCGUGUACAUGCAUGUCACCUACCAGCAGCUGGUUACUACAUAUCAUCUGCUGAUUAAUUUUUCAUUGAAUAUUCAAAUGGGGCCAACAUUAGUUUCAGGUAAUAGUGUGUGCACCUAGUUCCAUUAUUUGUAUCAGUGCAGGGUGUGGUUGAUACUAAUUGUGGUUGACUUUCAGUGUGAGAAUGUCCUUUUGGUACUAAGGUCGAUGAUUAAGACGGCAGGUGAUUUUAUCAAUGUGUUGUACACAAGUUCACUCCCAUGUACAUGUUUGGGAUAACACACAUGUAUAGGUAGUAAUCAGUCGUUUUAUCUACAAGUUUAUAAAGAAACUUGGGUUUGCUGCACUGAAAAUGACAUGCAAUCCUGUGCAUGCUGUUAGUUGUGUUGUUCCCUGCAAUCAAGGACGCUUAUGGUCGGGUAGUGAUUGGUGUACAAUAGGGAAAUAUCCUGCCUAUUCUUGAGGAAGGAAAUAGGAGGCCUCUCUUGCCCUUGUACACUUGCAGCAUGUUCACUUGAGGAGAAUAGGGUGUGCAGGUCUUGGCACGAGACUAGGCAUGCCGUCUUUGUCAUCAUUGUAAGCCUGAACACUGUGGUCAUCCAAUGUAUACCAGUAACCGACUCACAAUCAAAGGGUCUUUAUCUCAUCAUUCAAAUAUUCAUCAAAAGUGCUGUUUAGUUGGAUGUAAUAAUGUACCAAACUACUUCCUAUUCCUUCAAUAAUGUGCCUGAAGCAGGUAUAUUCAUUAUAUCGCAGAGAUCACAAGGGAAUGGAAAACAUGGUGUUAAAGUCAAAAUGAUCACUAAUUCUAAUUUAUUUCGACUGAUUAUGUUAUUUGAUACUUCAAUAUUUGUACAAAAGCAAGACGAGACCAUGAAUUUUCCUUCUUCGCCAUAAUAAAUUAACCAUUGGGGAAUAUGAUGAUGACAUUCUUUCUGUAAAUAUUUUGUACUGUUUUAUACUUGCUGUAUGUAUACUAGGGAUGUGUCUUGUGUAAUUAAUAUGGAAACGAUUGUCCUAACCAAGAUUUUACUGUACAUUCAAGGAUAAUAAAUGAAUUGAAGAUGGUUUUCAUGUAAA